GAUCCAGAGCUACAGAUCAGAUGAUGAAUAGGAACCAGGUGAAAGCCUCUGUGGAGAGAUGUCUGGAGAACGGGGUCUCAGCUCCUCGUCUGGACAUGACGCUGAGCGACCUACAGGAUCUGGCAACCCGUCAGCAGCUGCAGAUUAAUGCCCAACAGCAGCUACUGGCCUCCAAACAGGAGCAGCGGCUGCGUCACCUGAAGCUGACGGACCAGCGGCAGCAGCAGCAGGAAACGUCUGAACAGGACCGCCUGCAGCAGCUCAGAGAGAACGCUCUCAACCAGGAGGCCAAACUGAGGAGGGUCCGAGCCAUCAGGGGCCAGGUGGAGCAGAAACGCCUCAGCAACAGCAAGCUGGUGGAGGAGAUGAGCAGAUGACGGGCUCUUCCAGCAGAAGGCAGGUGGAGCUGAUGGUCCGCCGUGUCGAGGUGGUGGAGGAGCUGAGCGACGCAGGCUGGAUACUCUGAGGAGCACAGAACAUGAGGCCUCCCUCUUCCUCCUCCUCAUCAUUCACACACCUCGCUCCGCUGCGGAGGCUGGAGACGACUUU